CUGGUGGAUGGCUUAGGCAUUCCUUCUCCUGAAGCUCUACCUUUGCACCUGGGGCUGGUACCCCUGGGGUCAGGCGGACCCUCCAAGAACUAACCAUGGGCAAACACAACAGUAAGCUGGCCCCUGAGAUGCUGGAUGACCUGGUGAGGAGCACAGAAUUUAAUGAGCAGGAGCUGAAGCAGUGGUACAAAGGUUUCCUGAAAGACUGUCCCACGGGCAUCCUCAAUCUAGAGGAAUUCCAGCAGCUCUAUAUCAAGUUUUUCCCUUAUGGUGAUGCGUCCAAGUUUGCUCAGCAUGCUUUCCGCACAUUUGACAAGAAUGGUGAUGGGACAAUUGACUUCCGGGAGUUCAUCUGUGCCCUCUCAGUGACUUCCCGGGGGAGCUUUGAGCAGAAACUGAACUGGGCCUUUGAGAUGUACGAUCUGGAUGGUGAUGGCAAGAUAACACGUUUGGAGAUGCUGGAGAUCAUUGAGGCAAUCUACAAGAUGGUGGGCACUGUCAUCAUGAUGAGAAUGAACCAAGAUGGGCUGACCCCCCAGCAGCGCGUCGACAAGAUCUUCACCAAGAUGGACAAGGACAAAGACGACCAGAUCACCCUAGAGGAGUUCAAGGAAGCUGCCAAGAGCGACCCUUCCAUUGUCCUCUUGCUGCAGUGUGACAUGCAGAAAUAG